CAAGAAGUUGUUGUUUAGGACUUCUACAAAUUAAUCAUCAGUCAAGGUCCAUUGGUAUUUUGAAGGAAAGAUUGGGAGGGGUGUUAAUAACCUAAUAUAUUUAAAACUGUAUUUAAAGUCUAGAGUUGGAGGUCAUUUCAUUAACCUUCUUGAUGAACAUUAAAGUACAUUAAUCAUGCUCAUAAAAGUUAGGUUUUGUUGAAUGACACUGUAGGUGGACAUGAAAAGAGAAAAUCUGAUCUUGCCACUGGCUUAGAUUUUAUUUGCCAAUGGAAUGGGAUGAGUGAUUACAUGGAAGUUUUUGGGAUGAAAAACCCAUUUGAGUUCCGUUAAAAAUGGGAGUCAAACAAAUUUUACAUUCACUCCAGAAUGUAAACUUAGAAGCAAACUUAGAGCACUGAUGUCAUUGGAUAUAUGAUAGUUUCAAUAGAAAAACUGCACCAGUUUAAUGUGUAUGACACAGCCUCAUAGAAACAAACAUUGUGGCCCUGAAUGAACCUGUUUUCUGAUUAUUCACUGGGCCUGGACGUGCAUUUUGAGUAAACUUUUAAGAGUUAUGUCACCGUAUGUGAUAUGUGGUUGAUCAAAACAAAUUAUAUGACAUGAAAGGUUUAAUUCUUAACAAUAUUUUGAUACCAAACCGAUCUUCUAGUUGUAAUAUCUUCUAUAUCAAGAUAGUUUUUAAACUGUAUUCAUGUAGUUUAUGGCUAUGAAAAAGAAACAACAUUGCUGCUCACGUUUAUAUGUCACGUUUUAUGGAAUCACUAACAGGAACUACAGCACAAAUAUUAUUUCUAAGGAACAUCUUAGCUUGUUUAUCUCUGGCUCCUUGACAAAUUUUUAUGAUUUGCUCUAUAAUGUUUAACCAUCGGAUCACUCAUCAGUUUAUGGAUGUCUGUGUCACAUUUUUACUUGCUGUGGCCUCAUUUUUUCACUAGAGAUUAAAGUCCUGCACCUCUAUGGAAACAGCACAGUUGUGGCUAGAAGGAGAAAGAGCUCAGAUGUUGUUUUUUUCAGUACAAAUACAAAAGUUGACAUUUGUGUCUUCCAGCAAAUUGCUGACAGUUUGCUUCACUGUAUACCAAUUUUUGAUGUAUUUAUUUUUUAAUUAAUCAGGUGUGUUUAUUUUUCUCUCGAUCUCUCUUUGUGUCCUCCUUGCUCUGUGGAAACAUGGUUUGCAUUUAAUUGGAAAAGUCACCAAAUUUUAGUCUUAGGAGUGUUGGUCACAGCUGAGUCCAUUAGGGCUUUGAAGCACAGAGUAUUUUACAGGAUCUACCCCUUAUGGUUUAUUUUUGGCAAAUUAUUAAAUGAGACAUAUAAAGUGCUUUUGAUGAAGUGUAAUGAUUUUAAACUUCGACUAUUGUAAAGUUAAAAAUGCAAUGAUUUCUAUGUUUUUUUUUCCAGUUUCAGGCUAUGAUAAUGGGUGUAAUUUUGUUUUUUCUUAAGGUACAGAGCUUUAAUUGAAGGUCAAAGUUACAUUGAGGGGAAAUAUUUUUGCCUUGGUCUUUAUUAACCCUCCAGCAAAAAUCUAAGUGAAACACUGACGUCCGUUCCUCCUUGACAAACAGUACAAUGGAUCACAUGCCAAGAUUCUCUUGAAACUGAAUCUCUCUGACCCAGUAGCUAUAAAUAGCUGCAUGUUUAUGCAGCAAGCAAAUUUGAGUCUAAGAGAGAGAGAGGGGAUUUGCGGGUGGCAGAAAGGUUUGUGAAGGCAGACAAAGUAAACAUAAGAAAGUAACAAAUUCAUCUUGACAAGAGAUUUUGCAGCAUGUUAUCGGUAAUUAUAAAUACCACAGAAAGACAACAGUAGGUAAAAUGCAAAGAGAAAAUAAUCAGUGACAUGGAGUUUACUCGCCGUUACCUGCCAAUGGAGUGGGAAGAGCGAUGGAGGAGAGAGAAGGAGAGGAGAAAAAGAGUGAUUGAAGAAGGUGGAGAAGGGAUAGAACAGGACAACCGUGAGCUGAGGAGGAUCAUGGCUUACAAUGACUCCAGGAUGGGCCUGACGAGUGGGAGGGAAAACAAAGAGGGGUCAGAGGUCAGGAUGAGCGGUGCUAGUCAGGACAGAACUGGGGAGCACAUGAGCGACGAGGCGUUUGGAGAUGAAGGACAUAACAUCCACACGUGCUGCAGCAAAUCCUAUCCUAAAGAGGUGUUUGCAGCCCUGAAAGAAUUCAGGGAUUCGUCUCUUCUCACAGACCUCACUCUGACUCUUGAGAAUGGGAACAGCUUCCAUGUGCACUCCCUUAUUCUGGCUGCGGUCAGCGGCUUCAUUUUGGAGAGACUGAAGGAAAAAAGUGGAGAGCAAAAUGCAGAACAAUAUGACAGUAAUGAAGAUGUAGGAGUCGACCGGUGGUCAGUACACUUGGGUACUAGGGUCGAUCAUGUUGGGCUUCGGGCAGUUGUGGAGUUUGCCUACACUGGCGUUGUACUGUCUUUAAACAAAGACAUCAUGGCUCAAAUCAAGGCUGCAGCUCAAGUGUUGGUGGUUCCAAGACUGGUGGAGCUCUGCAGCAAGAAGGAAAGAACGAAAGAAGGUGAUAGUGCCAAGAAGGAAGAGCGAACGAUCUCUAUUCCAGAACAGAUGAAGAUUACGCUACAGUCCAUUGAGCAGCUGUGGGCAGACAGAGUCGGGUGUGACGUAACUUUGAAUGUGGAUGGCACUUUCUUUCAUGUUCACAGAGUUAUCCUGGCAGCAAGCAGCGACUACUUCCGAGGCAUGUUCACCUGUGGAAUGAAGGAGUCUCGUCAGACCUGUGUUGAACUUCCCUUCUUGUUGGCUCCUGAGUUUGAGGCACUUCUUGGCUGCUCCUACAGUGGAAUCGUUCGACUUGGUUGGGAGUCUGUUUUCGAGAUCACCUGCACGGCCCUCCAGCUUCAGUUCCAGCCAGCUCUUUCGAUUUGCCUCAACUUCAUGCAACAGCAAAUACAAGCGGACUCCUGCCUCGACGUGGCAUCUUUUGCUGAAGCUUAUGGAAUGUCAGACCUCCUGGAAGAAGCCAAUGACUUUGUACUGAGGAACUUCAGGGAAGUGUCAGCUACAGCAAAAUUUCAGGAUCUACCAGCAGAGAAGCUAUUAGACUUCAUUUGCUGUGAUGGCCUGUAUGUGCCCUCGGAGUUGGCUGUAUUUCGAGCUGUGAUCUCAUGGAUUGAGGCUGAUCCUGAAGAGAGAUUGCCCCAGGCUGGCCUGCUGAUGACUGGAGUUCGGUUCCCCCUCAUGACCUUUCGAGAGUUCAGGGAGGUCAGAGCCAUUAACCUGCGCAUGGAGUGUUUUGGAGACAAAGAGGUGGAACUCUAUGGUUCAGCACUCAAGGAAUUUGGCUUCAGCCUUCCAAAAUCCCAGGAUUACUGUCGGGUGAGGCGACCCAAAGAUGUUGUGGUUCUUGUCGGGGGUGACCAGCUAAACCCAGAUAUGGGUCGCCGCAUACCGAGCAGGGAACUGUGGUUUGCAAACUCCCUACGUAGUGGCACAGGGUUAGUGAAGGAGAUCGAGUGGAGGAGAUUGGGUGAGAUCCCAGACAAGCCAAAGUUCAGGCAUGGAGUUGCAGUAAUGGAGGGGAUGCUCUAUGUAGUCGGGGGAUGUUACUUUUAUGCAAAGGAUGACAUGAUGAAAUCUGCCUACAGGUAUGACCCCGUGAAGGACAGCUGGAAGAGGCUGGCUGACAUGCACGAGUUGAGAAGUAACUUCUCAGUGGUGGUACUUGAGGAGCGCCUCUAUGCCAUUGGUGGAGAUAAGGAGAUCAACGCCAACAUUGACAGUGUUGAGACGUACAACCCAGACACUGACUCCUGGAGCUUUGUCCAGCCCCUGGAUCAGGCGCUGAGUGGCUAUGCUGUCGCCGUCCUAAAUGAAGGCAUUUUCAUCUCUGGUGGCUUCAACUGUAAGUAUGUGUGUCUGGUUUCCAUGUUCUUGUACCAUCCAGAGAGAGGAACCACCUACCUGGCUGACAUGACGAAUGACCGGGCCCAGCAUUGCAUGGAAGCCCUGCAAGGCCAUCUUUACGUCGCUGGUGGAGUGUGUAACCUGAGGAAGUUUUACACCGACCAACAAGCCUGCGAGGUGUAUGAUCCUGUGGCUGAUGCUUGGACGGCUUUUGCAUCACUGCCUGUGCCUCAUGUUGGUGCAGCCUCAGUUGUCCUGGAGGAGAAGUUCUAUGUACUGGGAGGAUACUGCCAGGAUGACUAUAGUGAGUCUGGACUGGUCCAUCGCUUUAAUCCCAGCACUCAGCGAUGGGAGAACAUGGGCAAACUGUCAGGGGCUGUUACCGAUAUUCGGGCCUGUCUGCUCCGAUUACCCCAGCACCUCAGACAGUAACCGAUACACACUAAUAGAUUAAAUCCACCGUAGCUGUUGGAAUCAGAAGAGCUGAAUAUUGAAGUAUGGCUAAGAUAUCAAAAUAACUGUUUGAAAUUCAGAAGCUUUAGAGUCAAUUUUGACAGAUUUCAUGUGGAUAGAAAUCCACAGUAACAUAUUGUAGUACUUUUUGAAUAAAUACAGCACUAUAGCACAUAGAACUCAACCAAUAGUCACUAUAAAAGUUGAGAAAUGUUUGAGCAGAAGUAGUACCUGGAUUCCAGAUCUGUUUGUUGGAGGUUUUUCUUGGAUCGGUUGUAGACUCGAAAGUACAAAAACACUCCCAAUACUUCUCUUUUUUCCACAAAUCAUUGCAUUUAUUAUCACAGCAUUGGCAUGUUUUAGUUUAAAACUCUCAAGUGUUUUUGCAUCAAGCCUUCAACAGGAAGGGAGAACAGAUCUCAUGCAGCCGAUCUGUGGAACCAGGAAAACCAGGAUCUUACAUUUGGACAGUGUAUUGUGGCAUUAAAGUGGUGUAAGCCUAUAAAAUGUCCAGUCAGUUAUCAUUUUGCCACACAAUAUUUUUCUAAAUUAUAGUACAAUCAGUACCAACAAUGGCAAUGUAUUUCCAAGAAUAGGCAAAUAAUUUUGUUCAGUUUCAAUGAAUAUUGUGUGCAAUCCCAAGCCAAGUGGAUUCUGUUGGUGGAACACCCCUAACGAAAGGAUAGUUGGCUCCAUGAAGCCUGUUUGACCUCUGAAGAAGGCUUUUAUAGGUUGCACAUGACCAUGCCAUAAUAAUAAAAGUAUUUUAACUGUGAGAAAUAGACUGUCUUGAAGGUUUUUUUAAUGACAUUUUUAUAAAUCUUAAAUACCCUACGUUAUCGCUGGAUGACACAAAAUGAACGUUAAUUAAUAUAUAGAAACAGAUAAUUAUUCAAAAACUGCUUCAUGAGACUACUGCACAGUUUUAAAAAUGAAAAAAAGAAUACAGAUACAUUAGUAACAUCAGUCGGUUUCAGUUUUUGUUGUUUUAUUACAGACCCAAAAUGAUCAUGUUGUACGUAAAAUACUACAAAAAAUGUUACAAAGAAAACAUGUCAGUUAAAUUUUGCUUUUUAAUGGCUUUGAUUAUGUUUGAAAGUUUAGAAUGUCAUGAUUGAUUAUAUAUUGUUGUUUUUGAUGUCAUCCCCAUACAAGUCCCAAGACCAUGAAAGAUAAUUGAAGGCUACACCAUGUAUGGUUCAACGUAUGGUUAAAUAGUUUGUCAGCACGUGCUUCCAAAAGAGAAAAAAAGCUGUUCACAUGUUUAACCCCCAAAAAUCUACAUCAUUGGGAAGAUGAGGAAUCCACUUUUUCCAUUUUCCCACAGGAUGAUGCUGACAGAGUCUUUGACGUUUAGAUUAAGAAUCACUGAGCUAGUCGUUGUGUCGCUGAGAUCAGGUCCUUUGAUUUCCCAGGUACUCACUUGUAAUGGCUGUUUUUCACCAAGAUGGCUCCUGAAGUGUGGCCGUUGUAGCCAAAAGUCAUGAAAGUAAAAUAUUAAACGUCUUUCACUGGAGCAACAACCAGGCCUGUAAAAGCAACAAUGAAGAAAUAUUUUCCUCUAUAAUUCAAAAAACUAUAUACCCCUGUUCUCAUGCCUAUACAGGAAAUAAGAAGCUACAGAAAGCAGCUGUUAAACUAAAUUAAUAAAUUAGUAAAGACUGAAAUUAGAGAGAAGAGGUAGUUUUGCAACAGCAAAUGAAGUUUAAAGGAAAAAUAAUUGCCACCACAUUAAAUUUCUGAUUAAAAUGACUUGGUUAAAUUUACAAUGUUAAUAGAAAAUGUCCACAUUGACAUUAUGUGUUCAUUUACAUUUCAAUAAAGCCACAGUCUUUUCCUAACCUUAACCAAAGUGCUUUUGAUGCCUUAAGUUUAAGGUAUUGUUAACCCAUCCACCAUCCCAACCACCUCCUGCUGACUUAAUGCAAGUUCAUAUACUUUUUAUUGUUUUGACCAUGCUUCACAAUAUGAUGCUGCCACCACCAUGCUUCAUGCUAUGGAUGGUGUUGUUGUGACGCUGAACAGUGGCUGGUGUUUGCCAAACAUAGUGUCUAGUCUGAUGCUAGAAAAGCUCUAUUUUGGCUUCCCCAGAUGAAAGAACCUUCUUCCAGUUGACUUCAGAGUCUCCCAUGUGUCUCCUGAUGAACUCUAAUUAAGAUUUCUUAUGAGCUUUUUUCAACAGUGACUUUCUCUUUGCCACUCUGCCAUAAAGCUUUGGUGAAGAACCCAGAAAAAAAAAAAAUAUUAUGUGGACAGUCUCUCAAAACUCAGCCAGUGAAGCUUGUAAGUGCUUCAGAUGAGUCAUAGGUGUCUUGGUUUCCGUCCUCCCAGUUGCAGUCCCCUACAAGGUAGAUUUGUGUGCCAUAUGAAAUCGCUCAUUUUGCAUUUUAUAUUUUUCCGUCAUUAACAUUGCUUGGUCGAAAUCUCUUUCUUUAUAACAUUUGAGAGUCUCUUUUGUAAAGUCUUGUCAAAAAGCCUAAUUAAUUAAUCAUGAUUUACUGUUGAAAAGACAUAAAAAUGGGUCAAACUUCCAAGGAGGGUGUAUACUUUUUUGCAGGCACUGUAAAUACAGAACAUGUCUUCAGGGCACAGGUGCAAUUGUUGCACACUGUGACAGUAGUAAGGCCCAUACUUCAAAAAAGUCUCAAUUUCAAGGACAUUUCAAAUAUGUUGUUGCCAUACAGCCCCUUGGAGGA